AUGGCAAAUCAAUGGAAAGACAUAUCACAGAGACAAGCUUCACAGGCUGCUCUGAUAGGCGCCUUGUAUUUCUGGGAAACAGCUUUGAUAUUGGGGUGUGGAAAGGCCCCACCAAACAAAUGCAACUACCUCGACCCCGGCGAGAAACUUGUCCAAUACCUCUACGUCCUCGCGAUCUACUACUCCCUAACGCACUUCCUCAUCAAGUCCACCUUCCUCGCCUUCUAUCUCCGGCUAUCACCAAACCGCACAUUCCGCCUCUGGACAGGCAUCGGCAUUGGGUUGAACAUCGGUUCUCUGCUGAUAAACCUGCUCAUCAUCAUUUUCCAGUGCAUUCCCGUGUCGGCGGCGUUGCAUACAUUUGCGAGGUUGAAAGCAACUUGUAUGGAUCGGGAUUUUGUGUUGAUCGGACCUGCUGUUGUGAACGUCCUCCUAGACAUCUACGUCUUCAUACUCCCCAUCCCUACACUCCUAGGCCUCCACAUGCCCACAAAGCGCAAACUAGCCAUCCUUUCCGUCUUCCUCUUCGGCGGCUCCUCCGUCAUCAUGAGCUGCAUCCGCUUCCACUCUGUCGUCUACGUGCAGAGUCUGGUAAACACGUCAAAGAACAUUGGUGAGGUCAUGAUUGUGGUGGCGUUGGAGUUGAACCUCGCGGCUGUAGCGGUUAAUUUACCUAGUAUACGCGCGAUUUGGGUCAAGGGGUGGAAUGGGAGGAGGGGUGCUGCCGAGGCGGGGACGGGAGGGUCGGGCGCGUUGAAUGGGAUUAGUAAGAGGCAGACGUAUACCGUGUCGCAUGGGGAUUGGCAGGGUGGAGUGGAGAUGGGGAGGGUAACGAAUGCGAGUGAGAUGACGGGUGGAGGGGGGACGAUGAGAUCGUUUGUGUCGAGGUUGCCGCUGCUUUCGUCAAGGCGGGGGAGGGAGGAAAGUGCGACUGAUGUGUAG